UGCCUUCCUUCUUCACAAUGCCCACUCCCUUCAAGCCAACUGGCCCCUCACCCCCACCAGCUCCCUCCAACACCACUCCAACACCUGCCGAGUUCGCAAACACUCACGGCAUCUCCGAGGACGCGGCCAAGCAGCUGCUCGAGUACGGCAAGCUGUUCGACUGGAACAAGCCAGGGCACCGUCCCUUCAUCGAGGAUCCGGCGGUCAAGGAGGAGGAAGAGGAAGAGGAGAAGGCGAGGAAGGAGAGGGAGCACAAGGAGUACUUGGAGCGUCGCAACGCUAUAUCCCUGGCGAGGGAGAAGACCGCACAGAUCGCUAGGGAGCACGACUUCCGGCCUCCGGGGGCUAGGGAGGAGGAGAAUCUGGCGGCCUGGGCCAGAUGGAUCAAGCAUUUGGAGUUUGGGAAGUGGUUUGAGUGAGGGAGGGAAGGCUGCUCGUCGGUUCGGUGGUUUGGGAUGAUGGAGUCGGAGUUGGUGAUCCGUGGGGGUGCAUUUUCGGG